CGCGGCUGCUGGGCAGCGCCUCCUCCAGACCGAGACCCCAGCGCAGAAUGACCAGAAGGCGGUGGCCUGCCGGGCCGGGAGCGCGCUGCGCUGGUUCUCCACCGCGGUCCUGUACGCCGCCUUCCUGGGGCUGGGUAUGACUGUUGCCAUACUAGGACCCACAUUUCCUGACCUGGCAAAAAACGUGAACCGGAACAUCAGCAGCCUUUCCGAAAUAUUCGUGGGCCGCGCCCUCGGCUACCUGUGCGGUUCUGUGGUCGGUGGGGUGCUUUUCGACUGCAUGAAUCAUUUCCUACUUUUGGGAAUGUCAAUGCUGGCUACCACAACUGGUCUCUAUCUUAUUCCUUUCUGCAAGACAGCAGCUCUACUGAUUGCCAUGAUGUCUGUAUUUGGCGCCUCCUUUGGCGCCCUGGAUACAGGUGCAAAUGUCCUCAUCUUGAUUCUUUGGGGGGACAAAGGAGCCCCCCAUAUGCAGGCCUUGCACUUCAGUUUCGCCUUGGGUGCUGUCCUGGCGCCCCUGCUGGCUAAACUGGCCUGGGGCACAGCAGCAUCUGCUCAGAACCACACCGAGUCCGACUUUGACCCUCUAAUGCUGAACCAAUCCUCUGAAGCCGCCUCAGACUCUGCGUUUGCGGUACCUGAUGACCUGACUCUCCUGUGGACAUAUGCUUCCAUCGGCACCUAUGUUUUAGUCGUUUCUGUCUUUCUCUUUGGUCUGUUUUGUAAGAAACACUCAAAGCAGAAAAAAUCCACAGCAUCUGCUCAGGUAGCUCGAAAGGCCAAAUAUCACUGGGCCCUGCUCUGCCUCCUCUUCCUCUUCUUCUUCUUUUACGUGGGAGCCGAGGUGACCUACGGCUCUUAUGUAUUCUCCUUCGCCACCACCCACGUUGGCAUGGAAGAAAGUGAGGCAGCUGGCUUGAACUCCAUCUUCUGGGGCACCUUUGCAGCCUGCAGGGGCCUGGCCAUCUUCUUUGCAACACUCUUACAGCCUGGAACCAUGAUCGUGCUGAGCAACAUUGGCAGCCUGGCCUCAUCUUUCUUUCUGGUGCUUUUUGAUAAGAGCCCUCUUUGCCUCUGGAUUGCAACGUCUGUGUAUGGAGCCUCAAUGGCAACCACAUUUCCCAGUGGAGUUUCUUGGAUUGAGCAGUACACCAGCAUAAGUGGGAAAUCUGCAGCAUUCUUUGUCAUUGGUGGUACCCUGGGAGAAAUGGCCAUUCCUGCAGUGAUUGGGAUUCUCCAGGGACACUACCCAGAUCUGCCAGUAAUCCUGUACACAUGUCUGGGGUCAGCCAUCUGCACUGCUGUUUUGUUUCCUGUGAUGUAUAAAUUAGCCACCCUACCUCUGUGAUGGUGAUGCAAUGAAAAGAAAACAUCUCAGGUGGUCAGAACACAUUGUCCUCUAAUUUUGGCCCAUAAAGAAAGGAAUGAAUGGGAAGAUGCAGAAAACUGGAGUAGAAUGGACUUUGAAGACCUUGAACAAGGCAAGGAGGCAGUCUGUAUUAGCUGUCUAGAAACAUUUGCAUGGAGCCCACAGUUGGUGUUCUCACCAAUUCCUCUCAAACCCAUUUGAUUUAGAUUAACAGUAGGUUAAUCCUUCUGUGAAGUGCUGUGUUUGUUUGUUUGUUUGUUUGUUUGUUUUUACUGUAACUGUGACCAAUACUUGACAAGAAGCCAAAGAAGGGCUAAUUUUGCCUCAUGGUCUGUGCAUGCAGUCUAUCAUGGAGGGGUGGACCUGUUUACAAGAAGGUUCCUGGAUCAGGAGUGUGGGGUGGGAACCUUCACAUCCUUGCAGAAGAAGAAGCCGAGAGGGGGCCAAAAAUGUGGCCAGGUACAAAAUCUCAAGCUCUGCCUGUUAUGAUAUUUUUAAAAAUACUCUGUGCAUAUGACAGGUGUGGUAUGGAAGAUAGUUAUUUGGGGGAAGGGAAGCAGGAGAGAGUUAGGGGCUGAGUGAGCCAUGAGGAUAAGAGACAGAGAGAGACAGAGGGACAGAAAUGGGGGAGGGGUGCCCCAACAGAGAAACAAAAGCAGAGAGAGAGAGAGAGAGUAAGAGGCGGGGUUCUUUUAUCCUGGGGCCCUUGUGGGCAGUGACAAAUGAUGACAUCACAGGUGCCUAAGCAUCAAGAGUUAUGAACAUUGCCUCUAGCAAUGCACUUCCUCCAGAGGAGCCCACUUCCUCCAGAGGAGCCCACUUCCUGCAGAGGAGCCCACUUCUUCCAGAAGAGUCUACUUCCUCCAGAGGAUCUCUACUUCCUCCAAAGGAGCUCCACCUCCUCCAGAGGAACCCCACUUCCUCCAGAGGAGUUCUACUUCCUCCAGAGGAGCUCCACCUCCUCCAGAGGAGCUCUACUUCCUCCAAAGGAGCUCCACCUCCUCCAGAGGAGCUCCACCUCCUCCAGAGGAGCCCCACUUCCUCCAGAGGAACCCCACUCCCUAAAGGUUCCACAAUCCUUUAAAACAGUAUGCUCCCCCCAGCCAGGCACCUAGUGUUGAAGCCGAUGAGUCAUGGAGGAGGGGGUGUCAUUUCACAUGUAAGCUGUAGCAACCAACUUGUCAGACACCAGGACAAAGGAACUAAUACUCGGAGAAGACAAAGUUCUUAUUAACUCCUUAUUUCAAAGUGAGGGGUUAAAUGCAGGACUCUAUAUGGGCCAGGCAAGCACUCUAGCACUGGGAACUACCUGAUUUCCUUGAAGCCACACUUCUAAAUAGGUCAGUCAGAGAAGAUCAUCCCCGAAGUUUCAGUGGUCUCUGGGAUUUAGGUCCUGAGGUCAAUGUGUAGGAAAUGCUAAGAUGUUUUGAAACGUUCUGUAGUUCCCGGAGUGUUGUAUGAGUACUUUAUGGUCUUGGACUCUUAAUUUCUUGUGGUGAGGCUCCUGUUUUGGCAGGAGUCAUUGGGGCAGUAUUUUUUGGUCUCUAACUUUCAAAGAAUUCAUUCCUGUUUGAAAAGUUGGGUAGUGUUCAUAUAGAUCGACCGUUGCGGAAGACAAUGGAUUUGCUGAGCCAACGAUCAGGCUGUCCAUAUUCAGCAGUGAAACUGGAGAGAAUAGUUUCACGAAAGACUCUAUUUGGGUGUGGACAGAUGUUUUCUUUCCCUGGUCAGUUGGAUUAAAGAAUGUUAAGUGGCUUAUUUUCCUAUAUCUAUAAAGAGAUUUUGCGAUGUUUUUUUGUGAGCGCUGUCUGCAAGACUCGACACUGCCCUUUGGGUCUAAGCUGAGGAUCUUAAUAUGGUGCUGCCUGUCUCAUCCCCUGAGCUAUGAUUCUAGGGAUGAAAAUGAGAUGCUGUCCCAGCCGAGUUUGUUGGGGAUAUCUGCUGGAACAGCCGAUAUUCCUUUCAAAUGAAGAGUGAGAUAGAAAGACCCUGAGAAGGUGCUACUGACUACGCUGUGUACCAGUUUGAUACACUUACUGUUCAUAUGCCCGUUGGUUUCCUAAAGAGUGCAUUUUUUGCUGCUACACUUCAUGGAUCUGAAGGUGUGGCUUUCCUUCACACUUUAAGUAUGCCUGAAGCAGAAUAUGUUUUGUAGUCAGUGAUCGUUUAAUAUCAUGACAGAUUAUAAUUGACAGCUGGCUUCUGUAUACAGAGUAAAGAUAAUAUGAUUUAUAUUUGGUGUUUUAUAUUAGUUUAAAAAAACAGUAACUACUUCAGUUCUGGACAUUAUACUAUUUUUAACAAUUUUAGGGGAAAACCUACUUAUUUAUUUUGUGAUGAGGUCUUACCAUCUCAAAUGAGGUGGUCUUACCACCACAUCCUUUUAGCCUUGUCUUAAACUUUGGGACUCAACCAAUCCUCUUUCCACAGCCUUCUGAGUCCCUGGGAGCUAACUUCAGGCUGGCUAUUUCUUAAUACAUGAAUUUUUGCCUGUGUUCAGAUAGGAUUUGUAGACAAUUUGUUCUGACUUUUGACAGUAGAGGGAAUUUGUGUCUACUUGUGUUCAGAUGUGAUCAGUGACACUUUGUUGCACUACCUUAGUGGGAGGGUGAAUUUGUAUAUAGCGGGUUUUCAGAGAUCUGUAGGUACCUUGUACUCUUGCAGUCAAUAUGAGAGCUGUAGACAGAUUUUUUGAGCCCUCAGUAAGACAUCAUAGGCCUGGGCCUUUCUGUUUCUGUAUUUGAUUUUCGCUGUUUUUAAGUAAUAAUCACAUUAUAAACACUGUGAACAUUUGGUGACUUUCAUUUACAGUGAGGCAGUCUGUCUAGCAUCUGGAACACUUGUGUUGCCCAUUAUCCAAAGCUCUGCCUCCCCAAGUUUGAAGUACUUGGGAAACCAAAGUAACAAUGAGAGGGCGGAGUGAUGGCCACAGUAAGAGAGGAGAAAGGCUACUUCAUAGUAAUUAUGACAGAAACUUAUGCAUGCUAUUCUUUAUUAGUAGAAUUAAGGAGUGAUCUCAUUUACUUCUUCCCAAGUUUUCUUGUGAAUGACAUUCCAUUCCAACCUGAUCACAGUGCGUUUGUCUUCUCUUGUCUCUAUAAAUUGCUUCUGAAUAAGUCUUUGGUUCAAGUGAUGCCUAGCACCUUUCUUCACCACAUCCUCUAACUAUAUGCCUACCGCCAAGCAGUUCCUAACAGCUCUGGAGAGGGUGGAUGGGUAAAAGGUUCUUGCUCUUUUUGUAGUGUCCUUUCCUCUUUGAAAGUGAAAGCAUCACUGGGUGUGGUGGUGCAUGCCUUCAAUCCCAGCACUUGAGUGUUGCAGGAUAUUUGAUCACACUGUGAGCUUCUGGAGUGUGUUUACUGGAAAAACCUGUUUCUAGUUGUGGUGUGGCUCAGGCCUAGCACACACCUUUAAUCCGAGAGCCUCCUGCUCCUGCUGGAAUUAAAUAAAGUCAACCAUAGGUCAAGAGGCAGAGCAAGCAACCAGUUGACAGGGAAUGAACAUCGGAAAAAAAACAUAGAGAGUAAGAGGAAGUCAGGGGGAUGAGUGCACAGGAAGUAGAAGGGAGGGACAUUCAAUGUGAGAGGUUUUUGGAGACGGCGUGGGGAAGGAUGUACCCUUCUCUUUUUGGGACAUUGGCUGAGGAGAAAAGUCAGCUUUCUGGGUGCUUUCUCUGCCUCUCUGAGCUAGCAAGCUUUCACCCCAGCAUCUGGCACAUCCAGCAUCUUUAUUGGUAAAAUUGAGUGUUUGAGAUUUUAUUAAAAACAACACUUGGGGAAUAAGGUAGGAUGAUCUCUGUGAGUUCAAGGCCAGCCUGGUCUACAAAUCAAGUUCCAAGACAGCCAGGGUUACACAGUAAAAUGUCUUGAAAAAUGGAAAGAAAGAGAAAAGAAAAGAAAGUACCUCUGCUCAAGGCUGGAUCAGAAUGCAUUGUAUGAGAAAAGAAUAAAACAAACAAAAAACA